AUGGCAGAUUCCUGUCAACUCACCAUCGACACAAACACAGUGAGCAGAAAACUCAAACUGUCUGAAGACAACAGGAAGGUGACAUAUGUGAAGGAGCUUCAGUCAUAUCCUGAUCAUCCAGACAGAUUUGCUCCUCCUCAGCUGCUGUGUAGAACUGGUCUGACUGGUCGCUGUUACUGGGAGGUCGAGUGGAGAAGAGAAGUUUAUAUAUCAGUGAGUUACAGAAGAAUCAAGAGGAAAGAAAACAGUAGAGACUGUUGGUUUGGAUGUAAUGAUCAUUCCUGGAGUCUGAGCUGCUCUGAUUUAGUUGAUUUCUCUGUCUGGCACAAUAACAGAGAAACUCGUCUCUCCUCCUCCCCCUCUGACUCUAACAGAGUAUCAGUGUAUGUGGACUGUCCUGCUGGCAUUCUGUCCUUCUACAGAGUCUCCUCUGACUCACUGAUCCACCUCCACACCUUCAACACCACAUUCACUGAACCUCUGAUUCCUGGAUUCUGGCUUGGCUCUGGUUCCUCUGUGUUUCUGUGCUGAUUUGAGUCUAAAGAUUUUCCUCUUGUCAGAGAAACUCUCUCACUGUUGAAGAGAUAGUUCAUCUCUACAUGUCUGUUUAAACUUUUCUCACUUUACAUAAAUGAUUUAUGCAACGAAUCUAAUUUGUUAACAUUUACUUUAUUUACUGAUACAUUAUUUUAAUCUGGUGAGUUUGGAGCAGCAACAGUUUAAUGGAAGGAGAAUUACAAAUAUUAAUGAUGCGACAAAAAUAGAUUAACACUAAAUUAUGGGAAUUUUUUUAACAUUUAGUAACAAGAAAAUAAAAAAUUAAAAAUAUCACUCAACAGAAAGUUACAUUGUAAUGAUUUUAUUGAUAAGGUAAAAGCUGGAAUGUAAAAAUCUAUUGCAAUAUUUUCCACAAUCAGUUUUUCUGAACAUUAAAUCACUUUACAUGUUUUAAUGUUGCCUAAUAUUUCCAUAAAUUAAUUAUUGUGUGUUGAUCUGGAGAACCUUAUAGAAAACCAACACAGAAGAAAAUGAUCUGAAUUAUAAAAGAGUGUGACGGGCUCCUGUCACGGUUGUGAAUGAAUCCCUGCUUGAUUGUUUUCUUCUUGCAAUUGAUUGGCUGGGGAGAGUUUAAAAGGAUCAAGCCCCACCCACCAGAUGAGCGAGGAAGUUUGGAAGAACUCCAGGCUGGUGGCAUCUCUGAGCCUCGCUCCCGCUCCACUGAUGUUAAUUUUUGUUUGUUAACCUUCCUCUUCUGUUAUUAGGUCUGGGGAUCGUUGGCUAAGCCGAGGUUUUCUGGUUUUUGGUUGCAGGGUGAGGGGAGCGGUCCGAAUCCGACGGUCAACUGCUGGCUGGUUCGUGAAUGCUCUCACACUUUCGUUUAUUUUGCCACGAUUCCCCAGUACCUCUUUGUCCAGUCCCAGGUCAAAUAAAACCUUUUUGUCUUAUGCA